AUGACACCAAACCAAUUAAAAAUGAUGGUGUGCUUAUUAUUAGUUGCUUUCAUUUCCUGUGGGCUUUACUUCUACAUAUUCUGGAAGAAAUUAGAUCAUAAACCUUAUUAUGAAUAGCUGGCAUUUGCAUAUGGGUUGCUUUUAGGAUUCACGGAAUUAUUGGUGGCCAUAAUUUUAUACAUCCUUAUUAAAACCAGGGCGUAAAUCACAUCCCUGGGGGAGAUUGGCCGUUAUAUCAGGCAGAACUGCUACAAAGAGUAUUAUGCAUUAAUCAUAAUAAAUUUGGUAUUUCUGGUAACCUUCAACAUAAUAACCAUUUUGGAUCCAGAAUCAGUGAGUUUUAAGGAUAUUCAAUCACUCCACUUCAUAGCUGCAUAUUAUGUCCAAUCAGUUCUUUUCGCAAUAUUCUCGAAUGACCUAUUGAAGAGACGAUCCUUGAUUCCGAACGAGUACAUGUUCGAAAGAGAGGGGAUAUUUCGAUGUGCCUACGAGGUUCUGUAUUACGUGGUGUGUUUAUUCAUAGUAUUAAGCUACUUUUUGGUCACCCACUUUGAGAAGAUGCCAGAACCCAAUCAAACAUUAUGCCAACUGAUCAUUUUCACAUUGCUCUACCAAUUCUAUUCGAUAACCAAAUUGGGUAUCUUGAUAAAAAUAUUUCUGAUAAUAACCACUACCAGAUUGCUCUACUCUGCAGCGAAUUCAAUUUAGGACUUGAAGGAGACCUCGCAAAAGGGUUCUCAGAUCACAUUGGUUGUGAUCACAGUCCUAUUUCUGAUUAGAAUGGUUCAGCAGAGCAUAUUGGGCAUUUUAAGAGCAAGAGAACAGUAUUUGAAUUAGAUACAACAUCAAACACCUGAUAUAUUGAGUGCAUUGAAUUUAAUGCCCCCCAGAGACCCAUACAUAAGAGGAUCAACUUAGAUAAUAAGUGAAGAAUAGAUAUAAAUGAUGCCUCAAUAGAAGUUCAAGUUGGAGAAUGAAUUUGUCUGCUCAAUAUGUGAUAUGAAUCUAUUAAAGAAUGAAAUGGUGAUGAAGUUAAGUUGUUCCCAUAUCUUCCAUUCGGAAUGUCUCAAACCAUGGAUCAGAAUAAAGAACUCUUGUCCUAAUUGCAGAUAGCAAGUGCUGAGAUAGGGCAAUCAUGAAAAUCAUAUCCAACAACCAGUCUAUGAGCAUCCCUAGGAAUAGCAACACUAGGUUUUACAUGUUUAAAUUGAAGCCCCCCCAUCCAAUGAAAACAAUUAAGCAGUGUAAGAAUUUCAUGACAGGUAGUUGGAAAUACAAGAAUGA